AUGACUGUCGAGCGUCCCAACGAUGUGACGGAGUGGUUCGAGUCGGUUCCUCACCUGUUCGCGGAGCAGGAAUGGGAAGUCUGCGAACGUAUUGGUCAGUCGAGCCUGUCCCACUGCCACUGCCCGUGGGGUGGUCGUUUGUUAAAGCUGACCAUCAGUGGUAUCCAGGUGCAGAAUGCUGACACCAGCAAGCUACUGCUCAGGCCGGAGGCUAGAGCAAUGCAUGAGACGCGAUCAUCACUGUGGGGUUGCAUGGAACUGAUUGAGCAGCUGGUCUCGGUUCCCAUCGUUAGCCGACAGACGCUCUGCCGGGCCUGGCCAACAAAUGAAGACACUACCCUCAUGUUCUCCACAAAUCAGUGCGAUCCAGCCGACGCGCUGCUGAUCUGCCGACCCCAAGCAGCUGACCAGGCUGGACUCGUGGGAAUUUUCGCUGUCUCUGCGGAAAAGUUCCACCAAUGGAUGUCGACUAACCGCGCGCUGUGGCUCGACACAGCCCUUCGGGCGGCGACGCACCUAUUGAACCGGCCGGGGAUCACCGACUUGCGUGCCCUGGACGAGAACAUGUACACUGUUCUUAGCAUCCACAGCUGCAAGCGAGGGCCCCCGCUGCUGCCGCUGGCACCUGGUUCAACUGAGCCGGCAGCUGUCACGAUCAAGACAGACGAACGGAGUCAACUUGGCGAAUGGAGCCGCACUCCGUUGGGCCCGGAUGGCAAAUUUCGCUUGGUGAGCUUCGUCAAGCAAUUUGCCGCGAAUCUCGGGAUGCGCCUAAAAGCUUACGAUUCGCUGGACGGCCAGAGGUUGGUUCACUACCAGUGCGCAGUCAGGCGUGACGAGUGGGAGCGCAUCCGAGAGGAAUUCCUUUACGCCUUCCUGGUGCAGAAGCGCGCCUAUCGCCGAGCCAACGGCGGCUCAUGUGCUCCUUGGCUUGCAAUGGAUACUGAACCACGUUUUGCUCCAGACGAUAGACGUGUGGAGGUGGCCAGCCAGAUCAAAUCCAGGCAGCAGAAGCCGUCGCAGCACAAGACGGUGGUGCGUCGCACCUUCAUCGAGGUUGCCGACGACGACAGCACCGAGGAUGAGUUCGCGAUCAUCCGGGAGAGAUCCAACAGACGUGCUAAGACCUUCCAAUCACGCAACUCGUGGUCCUCGGAAUCUGAUUAG